CUGAUAUUCCAUACUCGCCAUUUUGCAAUGUGGGAGAGAGGGAGGCCACUUUUUUUAUGGCCAACGAAUAAAACAAAAGCAGUUUUAUGUGUUGAGGACAAAGAGCGUCGAGCCGUUCCGUGUCAGUCAUGGAGGAGAUCCGAAAUGUAGCUGUACUCAUCACACACUCCUCCGCUGCUGCUGCUGCUGCCCCCUCGUCCCCCUCCGCUCCGUCGGGACCGGGAUCCCGCUCUGCAACCCGAGGCCAGCAAGAGGCAGAGGGGAACCCCUCUCCGAGUGUUCAGCAGAAACAAGCUGCGGAUUCUCUCAUCCAUGUCAUCGAGAAGCUCAGCAAAAUCGUGGAGAAGCGGCCCCAGCGCCGCUGCACCUUGGGGGGGCAGAAAAGAGCCUCUGCGGCAGGGCGGGGAGCAGCCGACGAGGGGGCGAGGGGGAGCAGAGGAGCCUCUCCCUGUAAGAAAAUGAAGAGGAACUGUAAGAGCCAGGAGAGCGCAGGUGAGGCGCGAUUAGGCGGCAGUGCUCUUUUUUCACCCGUGUUGGGCGACAGUAACAACAACACUCCGUCCACGGUAACGGAGGUAGCGGGCGACCCCAACAGCAGAGACCUCAAACGGACGGUGACGUGCUAUCAGUGCAGUAUGUGCCCCUACCUCUCCCAAACGCUGCCGCUGCUCAAAGAGCACCUGAAGCAACACAACGAGCAGCACAGUGACCUCAUCCUCAUGUGCUCCGAGUGUCGCUUCACCUCCAGAGACCAGGCGGAGCUGGAGACCCACGUCAGGCUGCACUACGACAACGGCGGCCACUCGGGGAGGAACUCCACGCCGUCGGAUGCCUUCAGCGAGACUAAAGAAGACGUUUUCAGGAAGACGGAUCGGGACUGGACCCUGGGCGGGGAGAGCGAGGUGAACUCCCCGGAUGCUUCGGAGGAGCUGCCGCGGAAGAAGUGGUAUAGCUACGAGGAGUACGGACUGUACCGCUGCCUGAUCUGCAGCUACGUCUGUAGCCAGCAGCGGAUGCUUAAGACCCACGCGUGGAAGCACGCCGGCCUGGUCGACUGCUCGUACCCCAUCUUUGAGGACGAAGACGGGGCUACCACGAGGAGAGAGGCCCAGGCUGUGGCUAACACCGCUGCGACCCGUGAGGAAAUAGUUGUUCUUUCCCCGGUGCUUCAAGAUAAAAGCCUGAAAAAACCGCCCGCUGCCUUCAAGCUCCAGCUCUGCGUACCGAUGGCAGUCGAGACCAAACAAGACGUGUCAAAUCAUCCGGCCUCUGAUCUCAGCAAAAGCCUGAAAGAGGAAGAGGAAGAGGAGGAAAGCUCGUACCCUGUAAAAGACCUGACCGCCGAGGAGCCCAUGGUGGAGGUGCAGGUGACGUCCGAGGUGGAGAUGGGUAGUCGCCGCGAUGGCGCCUCCGUCGCUGACAGCUUGCUGUCAUCCGCUCAGAAGAUUAUCAACAGCAGUCCCAACAGUGCCGGCCACAUCAACGUGAUUGUAGAGCGCCUUCCUUCAGCGGAGGACGCGGUCAUGGCGACCAAGCCGCUUCUUCUCAGCCCAGACAUGGACAGUGGCAAGAGCUUACUGGACGCAGAGGGGGUAGAGCGGUACCAUGCGGGAGCUGAUGAUCAGGGUGUCCCUGGCUGCAGCGCGGCUAGCACCACUGACAGCCAGCCCCCAGAAGCUGAUAUUAAGUCCUCUGCGUCCACUAUGGCUCGCGAGUCUCCACGGGAUGAAAACAUUCCCCCAGCCGGUCGCAAGAGGACACAUUCUGAGUCUCUCCGCCUGCACUCUCUGGCGGCCGAGGCCCUGGUAGCGAUGCCGAUGAGGACCCCGGAGCUCUCCGCCUCCAGUUCUAAGGUAAGUCUGAAGACCGUUUCACCCCAGGCGCAGAGCCCCAACACAGGCCAGAAACUGGUAGAGGUGACCACUGCCUCUGACCCAGAGACGACAGCAACUCUACUGGACAUGGAGCUACAAAGCGAGGGCAGAGAAGAAGGUUUGGGUUCCCUGUGCCUGGGGGAGGGAGACGAGGAGGGCCCCGCCGCCAAAGCCGGCAUCAGCCUGUCACUGCUCACAGUCAUCGAAAGGCUCCGAGAGCGCUCAGACCAGAACGCUUCGGACGAGGACAUCUUAAAAGAACUCCAGGACAACGCGCAGUUCCAGAACGGAGCCGUGGCCGGCGUGGUCACGGGAAACGGGGCAGGGAGCUACAUGUGUAGCAUCCCCAGAAUGGACGCGUUGGUGGCCUCUCCUGACGGCAGUCUGGUGGACUACAUCCCCGGCAGCGACAGGCCAUACCGGUGCCGCCUGUGUCGCUACAGCAGUGGCAACAAGGGCUACAUCAAGCAGCACCUGCGGGUGCACAGGCAGAGGCAGCCAUACCAGUGUCCCAUCUGUGAACACAUCGCCUCGGACAGCAAGGACCUGGAGAGCCACAUGAUCCACCACUGCAAGACCAGGAUGUACCAGUGCAAACAGUGCCCAGAUGCUUUUCACUACAAGAGUCAGUUAAGAAAUCACGAGCGGGAGCACCGCAGCUUCAGCGCCGACAUGGCCGCCCUCGCGCCCGUCACUGAAACGGUGGCCAUGGUGGAAGAAGCUGAGCGGGGAACCGAUGAAGAAUGUGGGAUGCAGAAGAUGUAUAAGUGUGAUGUGUGCGACUACAUCAGCUCUACAUAUGUCGGCGUGAGGAACCACCGUCGGAUUCAUAACUCCGACAAGCCUUAUCGGUGCUGUAGCUGUGAUUUCGCCACCACCAACAUGAACAGUUUAAAGAGCCACAUGAGGAGGCACCCCCAGGAGCACCAGGCCGUGCAGCUGCUGGAGCAGUACAGGUGCUCUCUGUGUGGCUAUGUGUGCAGUCAUCCCCCGUCACUCAAAUCCCACAUGUGGAAGCACGCCGGAGACCAGAACUACAACUACGAGCAAGUUAAUAAGGCCAUUAAUGAGGCCAUCUCCCAGAGCAGCCGAGCUCCUCAGAAGUUGUCGGCGGUGCUGGAGUCGGUGGCGGAGCGCCCCCCUGUGGCGGCCCAGCCCCCAAAGGACAAAGCAAGGGGCCCAGUGGAUCCACUGCCAGCACCCACGGCAAUGACGACGACAACGACGACGGCAGCAGCGGUAGCAGGCCUGGCUAUGGACAGCUCAGCAGGACUACACACACCCACCACAGACCCUUCACAGUGGCCUUGGGAGUCAGCUAGCCCACAUGGGAAGGACCUUGCACGGGUCCAGCCUCACUCCCAGAGCCAGCCGCGCGGCGGCCAGGCCCCCGGCCCGGGCCCCGGCAUGGAAUACUGCGUGCUGUUGUUCUGUUGCUGCAUCUGUGGCUUUGAGUCCACCAGUAAAGAGCGGCUGAUGGAGCACAUGAAGGAGCACGAGGGCGACAUCAUCAGCAUCAUCCUCAACAAGGAGCAGCAGGCAGAAGCACAGCCAGGCCUCCAGACAGCAGAGUGAGACCUGCCCUCCCUCCCUCCUUCCCUCCUUUUUCUAUAGAGGCAUAGUUCCUCCCAUUCCGGUGGACCACCAUGGGACAUUAAUUAAGAAAAAACAUAAUAUGGUAGUGAAUGGAGAGACUAAUUAUGCGUUGAGCCUGUUUGGAUAAAGCCAUGGAUUACACUUAUGGCGUUCUUUAAUUUAAAAGAUAACUUUGCAUGUGUCGUAGUACAACUCGGUUUUGUGUGAAACCGCUUAGUGAACUACACCUCUCAUCUCGGCUUUCGCUCUUUUGUUAUCACCUAGGAAGUGAAAGAACGAGCGAAACCUGUUGCUCGUGUGAGUGACGUUCCAUCCCUGUACAAGACACACCGUAGCUUCAACGAGACGUCCCACAUGAGACUCGGAAGCGUGUAAUCGUCCCGAUUACGUCUUUUCACCGUCGUAUACUUCCACUGUUUCACGACAAACUGACGCUGUCUUCACUCGGAAAAUGAUCUUUCAAACAGAGAAACAUCAUCAAGAAUUUAUGGCUCAAUUCAAAUAGGAUCAAAAGAAUAGUUAGACUCUCCCCGUUCACACGUGUUUUUUCCGUAUUAAGGUCCAGUGAUGGUUCAUUGGGGGGGGGGGGAAUU